GAUCAAUUAACCAAUGACACUGGGAGACUUCAUAAGUACAAAUUAUUACAGCAAAUGCAAUGACGCUACAGGUUUGCACCCUUGAACCAAAAAACCUUAUCAACGUCGCCAUGUAACAUGUCGGGAGGAAAAUUACUCGCACAGUUAGGUUAUAAACUCGGUAAAACCAUCGGAGAGGGCAGCUUUGCUAAGGUUAAAGUGGCCUCUUCAAAAAAGUACAACAAGAAUGUGGCAAUCAAGGUAAUGGACCGGAAGAAAGUACCGAAAGAGUUUGUCAAGAAGUUCCUGCCCAGGGAGUUGGCCAUCCUGAGGGGCAUCAAACACCCUCAUAUCGUUCAUGUCUAUGAGUUCAUUGAGGUCCGCAAUGGGAAGGUCUACAUAGUCAUGGAGUUGGUCUCCACCAAUCUCCUGGAGAUACUCCAGCAGAGAAACUGCCUGCCCUGCCAAGAGGCGAAGCAUCUCUUUACUCAGAUCACCAAAGCGAUCAAGUACCUUCACGAACGUGACAUCGUCCACCGGGAUCUCAAGUGUGAGAACAUCUUACUGACUGAGCAGAUGCAAGUGAAACUGGCGGAUUUUGGCUUUGGACGGAAAUGUCAGGGUUACCCGGAGCUCAGCUCCACCUUCUGUGGAUCCGCAGCCUACUCCCCACCAGAGGUCUUGUUGAGAGUCCCUUAUGACCCUAAGAAGGAUGAUGUUUGGAGCAUGGGAGUGAUUCUGUACAUGGUGGUCACUGGCUACAUGCCCUUCAACGAUGCCAACAUCUGCAAGCUCCCUGAGAUGCAGUUGAUGGGGGUGGUGUACCCGGAUGAAGUAACAGUGGAAGAGAAAUGUCAGUCUUUGAUAGAGAAAUUGUUAACUUUCAGUCCACCCAUGCGUCCGACAGUCAAUCAGGUUACCAGACAUGCAUGGCUUAAAGAACGCAAAUAAAAAAAGAAAGGAAUAUACUCUAAAA